AUGAAAAUUAUACACAAAAAACGUAAACGUGUUUAUGAGUUACAUCUAAAAUUAGAACAUAUUAAAUAUUUAAUUGAUCAAUAUGAUAAUACUCAUUCAUCUCAAAUGACAGAAGAUGAGGAUGAUGUCGAGGAAGAAGAAGAAGAAGAAGAAGGUGAAGUCGAUGAUGAUGUUAGUGAAAUUUAACAAAAUAUAAACGAAGAUUUGCUUUUUUUUUGUAUCUUUUAAAAUAUAUAAUCGAUUGUUGUUACUAUUAUUAUUGAUUUUUGUUUUUUUUUUUUCAUUUUUUGUAAUAUGAAAUAUUUUCUGUCUCGCUAUCUCUUGUUUGUUUGCGCGCGCAUUGUUAAUUAUUAUUAUUAUUAUUAUUAUUAUUACCUCAUCUCGCCGCUCAUAUACUCUUAUCAUAUUUACAGGUU